CGACGGUUCCCCCCGCCUCCCCCCCCCACCCCCCCCCAACCGCAGCGCAUGGGAAGCAAAAGUUUUUCUCCUCCUCCUGCUCUUUCCCCUCCGCCGGUUCCACUCGCCCUCCGUCCAGACAGCCCCGUACGAGACGCCUCCCGAGGCUCUCCCCUCGGAGCAGUUUGCGGCUGAAGGAUGCGGCUCCCGACGCCUCGGCUGCCCCUCUCGGACACUGGUGUCUUGCUGCGUUUCGCUUCGCUGGGCAGUGAGGAAUAAAAGGCUGUUAGAGAUUCUUCUACUUCUCUGAGAGCUGGAAAGGAGGGAAGGAAACAUUAUCUAACGGCAAGACUUUGCUGGAGUCUUGCAGAGGGUAACUGAGGGAACCUGGGAAUUUGUGGUGGAGAAAGGCUGUUUAGAAAAAUAAUCAGAUGCUUUAGCACCGCGAGGGUGCUGAUACAAAUGUACAUUGGUUUGUUUCAGUCCCAUCAUGGGGACGGGCAUGUGUUCGAGGAGGCAGAAGGGGCUUCUGCAGACUGGGUUUUGCCUGGUGGUGCUGGCGUGUUUGGGCUCAGGAGUUUUCAUGUACAAUCACUUGCAGCAAAAGGUGAGGAACGCUGAAGCCCUUGCCCAGAAAUACAAACAGCAGCAGGAAGCGCUGUCUGCCCAGCUCCAAGUUGUGUAUGAGCACAGAUCCAGGCUAGAGCGAUCCCUGCAGAAGGAGAGAGGGGAACACAAGAAGACAAAGGAAGAUUUUUUAGUGUAUAAAUUAGAAGCUCAGGAAGCUCUCAACAAGGAGAAGCAAGAUUCUAUGAACAGAUAUGGGGCCCUCAGUUCCCAGCACAAGAUACUAAAGAACCAGCAUGAAGAUGUCAAGAAGCAGCUGCUUGACCUGCAGCUACAGCACAACAGCUUGAAACUGGAACAUCGUAAGACACUGGAGACCCACAGCCAGAAAUAUGCCCAGCUGCAGCAGGAGAAGGAGAGUGAAGUCACAAACUUGCAGGAUACAGUCUUUAAACUCAGAGAAGAGAGCAAGCUUCUUCGGAAGGCCCACCAGGAAGUUCACUCUCAACUCCUUAACUCCCAGGCCCAGUUGGAAGAGUUCAGGCAGUUCAAGGAAGCGCUACAGAAGAUGCCAAGUUUCAAAGAAGUAGGAGCUGGGAAGGGGCAACAGCAAUUAGAGGCACUGAAGGAGCAGCCCCUGGUGCCAGGCAACAGCCAGUUACAGCUUGUGAGGCAGAAGGCUUUUUCAGUCAAUCAGAAGAAUCUUCCUGCUGGGAGCCUGCUGGGACCAAAGGUCUCUGGGAUUCGGAGUCAGGCAGAUGGGCGUUUGCUGCAAGGCCAUAACUCGCACAGUAAUGAUGGCCUGAGGCCACAGGGCGAUGUGCUUCUUACCCAUCCAGCCCCUCUGCAAGAUGCCAAUCCACCACCAGAUGCUAUGCCAGCCUGGCCACCAAGGCAUGGGGAUGGCCAUGUGAUCCGAUUUACCCGGACUGUGAACAGUUUACCUAAUGGGAACCCAGAUGUAAAGAUGGUGCUGCGUGUUCAGGGGAAAAGCAGUGAGGAAAGCCAGGCUCCUGGACUGGGACUGUCUGAUUUGAAACAUCCAUCUGCAUCAGAAAAGACUCAGAUGCCAGACAGCCACCACUUGACAGGGAACAAACAUGUGCAAAUGCAAAGUUGGCAAGACAUAGUUAACAAAGUGAAUGCCCAACUGGAUGAAGAACAAGUGAACAGUUACCCAAAGAGCCUUCGUUUUGACCCUGGGCCUGGGGAAGAGAUGCAGAAUGGUAGCCUACAGCUGCCCAGCCAGAAGAGAGGGGCAGAGCUUCAAAUAGCUGAUCAGGAAGGCAAGAAGGGAAAGACAGAUGAUGAGGAACUUGAAAUGGAUGCAGGAAUGAUUGAAAGAGAGGAGAACUUGCAUUCUCAGAAAGAGACUGUUGUCCAAGAACCAGCGAUGCCAGAUGAUGCUGCAGACCCUGCUCAGGACCCCAAUAACCAAGGUGAAGAUGAGUUUGAGGAAGCUGAGCUGGAAAGACCAGAUUUUGAAGAGAAGGAGGGAGGUUUGAAGAAGUUCAAGGAACCCAGCAUGAAAGAAGAGUCUGAGGAGAAGCCACCAAAGGAUGCUGGCAGACCCAUCAAGGAAAGGGAAGACCCAGUGGAUGACUAUCAAGAAGAUCAGGAGCAAGAAAUUGAGGAUCAUGGAGGUGAGGUGGACGACAAUGAUGACCUGGAACUUCUUCAAGAGCAGAAGGACCAUGCAGGCAUAAAGGGAGCUGAUGGCAAGAAGGACAACUACUACUGAAAGAUGCUGAAGAAAGAUGGGACAUGCUAGGAGUGAGGGGACAAUUUACAGAGGGGAAUUCCUCCUGGGAGCUGGCUGCAGUAUUAAAUGCUGCCUAGAACAGACAAAGGUGGGAGGAGAUAGCUGUCUUUGUAGGCACUGAGCAGGGUGCUUGCAGAUGUGCAUUAUAUCUGUGUGUGGGGGGACAUCACUUUGUCUCCAGUCAAUGGUAGUAUGGAAGCGCUCUCAGAGGGUAGGAAUGACUUUAUCCUGCUGCUCCUCUUAGGAGUGCUUCUUGAUUAGUUUUCUUCACCCUCUUGUUCUCCCCUUCCCCUCACAGCUGAGGAGAGCUUCUUAUUUUUUACUACCUGGGAAGGGGAGGGGUGCAGGACUAUAAAAACAGAGGUGCCUGAACUGGUCCCUGGACUUACUCGACUGAUAGCUAAUACAGAGGAAUCUGUCUUCAUAAAAUAUUUUGCUUAGUAGUGUUUUUCUUAAAACAUCCUUUGCUCCCAUCAGAGUAGGUGGAGAGGAGAACAACCUGAUUGCUGUCUGGAGGAGUAAUGCAAAGGUGAUAGUUAACCAUGAGCACCAGCAGAAAUGACCAUGUGCCAGCAAGAAUGUGUGUGUGUAUGAUCAGAUCCUCUUCCAGGUUUGGAGGCCUUUCCCAGUCACUCAGCUCUAUAGAGCUCUCCUUUCCUUGGCUUUGCAGCUGUGACUGUCCUGCCUGGCCAGACUGAGGGCUCAGAGCAUCCCUUUCUAGGACUGUGCAUCUUGUCUUGACAUUGCUGUUGUACCCUGGGUUCUAGUAGAUGUGAGUUGGCCUGAGCUGAAACAGGCUUUUCUGGGAUGGUGGCAGGGACUGCCAAACAAAAGCAACCCUGCAGCACCCUCUGCAGGUCCUCCAGCUGAUGGUGCCCAGGCUUCUUCCUGGGUGCACUGGACCCUUAUCCCAGAGGAAAAAAAAUCAUAGGAUGUGGACCACCAGACCAGCACUGUGCUGGGCUGUGUGCUGGAAUGAAUGAAAAACUUCAUGACACAACUGUCAGUCCCUCUGUUUGCUCAGAUAUUCUUCUCUUUUUACUUGCUUUAGUAUUUUGGUGGCAUGGAUGCCUCAAGCAGGACAUGAACACGGUCUGGGAAGGGCCAGACUAACCUACUGCCUAACAAUAACAAGUUUUCAAAUGCAAGCAGCAGGAUGGGAGCAGACAUCAGUUUGUGGUGGUGGGUGUUAUUAUCAUGAAAAUCCAUGUCUGAGCAGCUGCAGCAUCCCAGUCUUUCUCUGCCCUCAAGAUCUCAGGAGAGGUUUUUUGUUUGCUUUUCUGGUGUUUUUCUAAUGCCUUUGGAAGAACCAGCCAUAUCAACACUCUGUGCCUGCACCUGCCUCCCAGACCCACUACUCCCUCCCUCUUUCCCUCUCUCCUUGGCACACACUCAGCUUCUGGCACCUUCUGGACUGAGGCUGACCAUGAUUUCCAGUGAAGCUGAGGGAUUUGCUCAGGACAAAAUUUGGUGCAUAGGAGAAAAAUAGUAGGGAAAGUAUUUACGAUGAUGGAUGUGAAGGAAUAUUUGGAGCCUGAUGAACGCAAUUCCAUCCUGCUCAGCUUCUCUCCAUCCUCCCAGCAUCUGAGCAUUGGGCUUCAGGGAACCAAGAUAAACUUUCCUCCCUCUCACUGAGGUGCUUUUUAAAUUUUUUUUUUAAUUGGGUAUUUCUAGUGCUCUGCCAAUUCACUAGAUUGAAGUCAGUGGUGCUUUACUUUACUCAAAGUCUCCAAAACAUUUCUGGCCUGACCCUCCUCAGACAGAAAGCAGGAAUGAGUCAGCUGGAGUCCCUGGAGUUUAAAAUGAUGGCAGGUGAAAGGAGAAUGGGCUUCAUCAUGUUUCCUCAAAGUCUGGGACCUGGCUUAUUCAUAUAAAUAAGGCAAGGCUGUCGCAUUUCCUACCUUGUGCAAGACCCAUGCAUAUGAACUGUCUCUUACUUCCUGUCAUGAUGGUAGCAGUUCUGGGCUCUGGGACCACAUGCACUAGUCUAUGGGUGAAUGUCAUGACCUGACAAAAGAUCAGAGGAGAGAUCUUCAUUCCUUGUUUGUGUUAGAUUUUAUUUUCCCCCACUGUGUUUCAGAGUGGGUGGGGGUUUUGUUUGGUUUGGUUUGGGGUGUGGGGUUUUUUUUGGGGGGGGGGGUUGGGGGGUUGGGUUGGGUUUUGUCAUCUUCAUUCAGGCAAUUUUUUUCUUCCUGGGGUUCUAAUGGAGCUUGAAAUUAAAAUGCCAUAGGGUUUUCAGUGUUGUUGCGGUGUGUGUGUGUGUGUGUUUUUUGGGGGGUUUUUUGGGGGGGUUUGGUUUGUGGGGGUGGGGGGUGUGUGUUUUUUUAUUAAUAUCCUGCUUCUAUUUCUUACCAGCACAAUCAACUGUGUGAGCCAAACUCUGGGGUAGAUGGGAGUAGUUAAUGCAGUUGGCUUCCUGCUUGCUUUGCUUGGAAGCAACAAGAACGCUACUUUCGCAGAUGCUGCCCCUUGUUAGAGCUACGGCGUCAGGCCAGCUAGAUGAUAAUGAUGGAUAUUAUUGAGUCCAGUGGAAUCAUUUUGUUAGGACUUCACAGACCUGAUCUGCUGCUGUGCAGUGGACCGCUGCUGUGCACUGGACCAUUGGACCAGUUUUGAAAUCUGUUUUCCAAAACCAUGUGAGAACACAGAAUGCUUUACAAGUGAAUAUUGAUGUUAGCUCUUGGGAGGAUGUGAGCUGAGAGCACUCUUGGCUGCAGAGUUUUAGCUGAAGCCAAGCCUGGGUCCUACCUCAACUGAAUUAGGAAAGUUAAAGGCAGAGCAUCCCAGCUGCAGUCACUGUAAGGCUGUCCUCAGCAGCAGUUCAGCUGCAGCCGACCACUCUAAGUUAGAGGAGGUUUCUCAGGCCUGGAAAGGAGCAUUCAGUUAGCAGAGCAUUCCCAGUGUACUGCUUUUCCUCUUUCCUCCCAGCUUCAGAUCAGAAAUCCAGGAGUGGUCCAGUUCCCAUCUAACUGAAGCUGCUCUUUUGUUUCUCUGCUCAGAUUUUCAGCAAAACCACAAUUAAUACAUGCAGUUUCCUGAUCUUUCUGCUUUGUAUCACUCCCUGGAAUACUCUACUCUAACUGUAGAGGCAUUAAGAGCAUUCAGGCCUUGAGGCAUGCACAUCUUAGAGAAUACAACUGCUGUCUUAAGGGCUUUAUUCUCAUCACACUACUUUAUCUUUGUAGGCAGAACAAGCAAAGAUGUCAGAGGCAGUAUAGCAGUCAGAGGCUGUACCGAGGAAUCUAGGGUCUGUUAGCCAAGCAUCAUAGCUGUCCUUGUUGCAUUCACCUCAGAAGCCCAUUAGGGAGCUUACUGUGAAACUGUUAGUGGGCGGAAGAUAUCUGAAGUGACUUGAAAGAGUUAAUGCUGUAUUAGUGCUGCACUUGAAAUGGUUAAUGCUGUCUUAAGUGCUUUACAUUAUCAGCUUUGCUGUAUGAUGCAACACUGUUCAGUCUACACUGCCUGCCAUAAAUAGCACUUUCAGAAUGAGGUUAGCUGGAGGUGCAGUUAUCUGUCCAGAUACAUCCCAAUCAAAAAUGCCUCCAAUUCUCAGAUGGGCUGGUAAGAUGUCAUUGUUUCACAGUUUAGUGUAGGACGAGGGACCAAUAUGGUCUGUGGCGUGAGUUUCGAAUCUGCACGCCCAGGCUGCCCUGGUGAGAUAUGUAACACAGUUUUCUGUCUGCUGAUUUCACUCCCUCCCCUCUUUCCAUGUUCAUCUUAGCCUGUGACUCUUGGAUGGAAUAGGUAGGUUCAGACCUUAUUGAAAGUGAACCAAGUGCUGGAAAGAGACCCUCAGCGGGGAUGAGACUGAAUGUUGAUUCAGAGAGAUUGCAGGAGCUAUCUAAAUUAGGAGGCAAAUUCUCUGCUUUUGCAAGUCUGUGAUGAGUAAUCUUUGAAAAUAAGACUUGGAGGCAGCUACAGCAACUCAACCCUAAAUGCAAAGCUCCCCGCUGGGAGAAUGCUUUAGCAACCGUAUGCUGCAUGCCACCCUUAGUUGAGAGUUAAGCAUCUCUGCCAUGGAUUUCCUGCCUUGGCUGUAUCCAAGACUAAAACUAGCACAGUGCUGCAUAGACUAGUUAGCUGUGGGUGGUCGAUGCUUAAUUGUCUGGCUUACAGCAAAUUGCCCCCAUUUUAAUACUAUUUCAGUGUUUCCUCUAGUAGGGGAUGGAACAGGAGGCAAGAUAUUCAGUGGAGGAUAACCAGAAAAGCAGGAAAUCUGUGUUGUUGGGUCUAUCUGAAGGCCUCUAAAGCAAUGUGGGAUGUUACUGAUCUUGUUAGCUAACUGUGGUCUGGCUGCUUAAAACAGAUGGUGGAGUGUUUGUCCAAGUGGCUAACUGUUGAAGCAGCACAGCUGAAAAGUCCAGGCUGAGUUUUACUGCAGAUUGGGGCAGGGGCAACAUCGGAUGGAACAGCUGGAUUACAAAGAGAACAAACGAGACAAAGUUUUCAUAUGAAGCUAGUGUUGGCAGGCUGACCAAGCCAAAGCAUGUGUUCUUGCUUGUCUCUUACACUGAUGACUUGUCUUCUGCUCAGAAACACAGUACAAGGCCAUAGGAUGCAGCCUGUUACAAAUUUUUGAUGGGUUGCAUUAAUAUGACUUAGAAAACUAACAGAAACAUGCUCCUUAUUUUCUUUUGGACACAAGUAACAUGCAGGUUAGAUUUCUGUAAACAAGUAUAUUUUCAGAGUUCACACGAUGUCAAAGUAUUAAGUGGUUUGUGUGCAUCUUUAGCCAGAUGAUGAAAAUUAAUAGUAUAUUCUGUGCCCUUAGAUUAGGCAGACAUAUGGCUAUCAAUUAAUUAAAUGAAAUCUGUGUUUAAUGAAAUCUACUUUUCUGUAAUCCACUCUCACUUUCUUUGGAAACCUGUUUAGGAUUAUUAGCCUCAUUCAUUUAUAUGGCAUGUUUUAGGACUUAAAAUGAGAGAAUUACCUAAUAGGAUUUUAAUGAGAUUUGCCCUCCCUAGGACAUCUGAAUUAAAUGGAGGAGAAAAUGCCCUAACCACUUAAACUGUAUGAGUGAACUGUCUGUAGCACCUCAAACCAAAAAUGCCCUCUCUUAUUUCUGAUUAUAUAUACAACUUGCUUGCCUAAGAGAAUAUCAUUUCUUUCUAAAGACGACUAGUCUUCACACUCUAUUUAGUUUGAGACUGGCUGUCAUAAAAUUUAGGGAUAAAAUAUAAGUCUAAUGUAGGCUGAUGGCAUAUAGUCCUGCCAAGGACUGAAUAUCCUUCAGCUCCCAUUUCCUUUGUGCUCACAAAAAUGGCUGUCUUCUCAGGUCAACCAAUGUCUGGCUCUUAGUGCUGUUUUACACUUAAUAACCUCUGGAAUGAAGCCUGGUAAUUCUGCUGAACUCUGUACUGCUUUAGUGUUACAGAGUAUCAAUAUACAUGGAAAAAGACAAGGCAGAUGUUGGCAUCAUUACCAAGCAGGGUUCAGAAGUGUUCUGUAUCACUUACAUGCCUGAAGAGAAUCUGGAAAUCAAAGGGAUGUGUUGUAGGUCCAGUAUUGUUCAAUACAGAUUCCUGGUAAUUUUGGCAGCUGUUUUAGGAACGACAUUUGAAGAGGCUUCUACAGCUUUUCAUAAAAUGAGGUAUUCUUGGCUGGGUCAUUUUUUUCCUCUUCUACAACUUUUAAUGCAGAUAUGGAAUUAAGGCCUGAGCUAAGUUAUGUAGCACAUGUGAUCAGAUAUCUUCACUGCUGUGCCAAACAUUUUUCCUUCCUGUACCAAAUGCCAGACCCUUCUGUUGAUCCCUCAACAGAGGAACUCAAAGCACCUUGCAAAUCAUUGGAAAGUACCAUCUGAUGGUGGCGCAAGAUCUGAUCACUGAAACAAUGAUAACUCUAGAGUGGAAUCUGCUCUUAACAGUAGUUAGAAUUGCACAAGGCUUAAGGAGGCAAAACUGGCUUGGUUUGGCUCCAAGCAUUUUCUGACCAGCCACACAUUUCUAAGAAAGGGCUGUCAGAUCUUCAUUUUACACAUCCUAGCUAGAAUGUCCACAGGUAGGUUUGCCACAGCCACCAAGUGCCUUCAGAAGCACAGCACCUCCUGUUAUUCUGAGAUGGCUUUCCUCAGAGAAAACACUUUGUCAUUACUAAAACAUAAUUCUUUUCUACCAUUGAUCCCUUUUGUUACUUCACAGUACCAAGAGAGAUUUCUAAUGUCUGUCUUUAUAGAAGCAGAGAAAAAAAUUAACCUUGGCUAAAAAAAAAAAAAACAGAUGUGGAGAUUGCUUUUAUGAGAUGAUAGCAUUGUGAAAUUAUGUUUAAAGAUUUCUUUAAGAAACCAUCUACUUUGAAAAGGUAAAUCUUUCAGACUGCAAAAGGUGUCACUAUGAGACCAUUCGGUCAUGCUGAUCUUCAAUGCAUCUAAAACAAAACUAUUUUAACAAGUCCCAGAUAGCUGUGAAUUAUGCUUUGAAUUUGUUCAAAUAACAGCUCGAAUAAAGCCUGUGGUGUAUGUUUUGGGUUUGGCUUUUGUCUAAGCAUGUCUGUUAAACAAACAUAGGCUUCAGAAUCUUUUAUGUUAUGUUCUAAGCUUAUAUAAGACAAUAAAUACUUUUAAUGAAAACUUAAA